CCUCCCCCUCCUCCACCUUUGUUCCUCCCAUUUCAAGUUCAACUUGCCCGCCCUCGCCCCUCGUCCUUCUUCUGUUUGGAGCGCAGCUCUUGAAAGGACUUUGGUCGAGACGGCGCACACCCUGCCACUCUACGGGGUUGGCUGCAAGUUCUGGCGCGCGAAGACAGAGGACUGCGCGGAAACGAAGGGGCAGUACUUCGUCGCGGACUCCGCGGAAUACAGGCUCAGGCCGAUACGGGGCAUGCUGCGAGGGACGCAGUACUACUUCGGCAGGCGCGUGCUCACCGGCGUGGCGCCCGUGGCCAAGAGCCUCGGGUCCUGGAGGCGCCUGCCACUGAGUCGGGCGUGUCCCGCUACAGUCGGCCCGGGUUAGCAGGUCGACCCUGCCAGCUCAAAGGGUGCCCUUGUGUCCUGUGCCUCGCGACGCGUGCCUUCUUGCACUCCUGUGGCGACGUGGCCCUCGGAAGGGUCAUGUGCCCUCUCGGCGCAUCCCUGAGAUUGUCACCUUCU